AUGGCCCCAAUGGAGAGGAUUCUGAUUGAGUCGGAAAUCAAGUCGUUGCUUGUGCGCGAGCGGUAUUACAGAGAUACCUGCCAAUGGGAGAAAUUGCGGGCAUGUUAUCAUCCAAAUGCAUUGAACACUCAAAUUGAAAUCACUUGGUUUCAAGGCAAUAUCGACGGAUUCGUUUCGGGCUCGAAGGGCAUGGCCACUGGUGGCACAGGCGCUGUGCAUACGAUUUGCCCCGUCGAGGUUCACGUUCAUGGCAACAAGGCUCUCUCCGAAUCGACUGGCUCCAUUGCUAUUCGCUUCCAGCACGAUGGAGGGCUUUUCGACUGCGUCUCGUACACCCGAUUCAUUUCACGGCUUGAGAAUGUCAACGGUGAAUGGAAGCUGCUUACCUUGGAUGCAAUCUACGAGCGGGACUUCAUUAUGCCUGUUCUUCCUGGAACAGUAGCCGAGUUCCCUUUUCCUGCGCAUUCAAGAGAUAGCUAUAGGUGUAUUUCUUGGGUUUUGUCCCAGAAAGGGUUCUCCAUUAAACAAGACCUUCCCGGAACUGAUGAUCCGGCUUCCUGUGUACGGUUGAUGGAAGCAGGUCUGGAAUGGUUGAAAAUGUAA